CAACGACUCCUGAGGGCUUUCCUUCUUAUCUUUGGGCCUCUUCGUCGAUGAAUUCCCGCCAUAUUCAAUCAAUUUCGGUCGCGGAGCUCUGUUGCCAUCAAGAUCGAAUGUAGGUCGUCUGCGCCCGGACCUCUUGGGUCUGUUAUUCUCCUUACUCCGUUUAGACGCAGGCAACGAUUGACGAGUGCGUGGCUGUUCCUCGUCUGAAUACAUUUCGUCCUCUGAAUUCCUUUUUUGCUCUAAAUUUCUCUCGUGCUCGAGAUUCUGUUCAUCCUCUGAAUGCCAUUCGUCCUCUGAACACCUUUGCUCCUCCGCAUACUCUUCCUCUUCAUGAUACCCUUCCCUUGCUGGAUAUCUGUGAUCAUUGUAUUCUAGAAGGGUUUGGAUUCUGCGAGCUUCUGGCCGAUGAUAUUGGCCAUGAUUCAUCUCCGAUGACGGGUUCCUGCUUGAUUGAUAGGAUGUUUCUCCGUGGGGCUGAAGUAUGCGAUCAGGGGACGACGAGAGCGAGGCUGCAAAAAUCGGUCCUCUGGCACUGUAAUUCACAUUAUCCCGUGAAUAGGAUUCUCUCCCCUUUGGGCCUGAAUAGUCGGGUGAAAAAGGAUUUGUCGAGUGCUGUGGUGUUUGGAGAUUAGGGAAAGCGUUGUUCGAUUGGAUUGCCAGUGACGAGGACCUUCGCGGAUUGUUCCCCUUCUGUCUUGGUCGAUGGUCUGAAUCUUGAUGUGGAGAUGUUCCACCAUUGAGUUCGUACAUAUCUAGGUAAUCCUCGUGAAUUCGGAACGUGUGGAAUAUUUU